GAGGCUACCCAGGGCACGAGGAGGAGUGCCCAGAGGUGGUCUGCGAGUGCCCAGAGGUGGUCUGCCCCAGACCCGAGUGCCCCGAGACUGAUUGUCCGAUCGUGGAGUGCCCGUCGGUCCCCGACAUCAGGGAGGUGUACCCCUUGCUGGAGGACGGCAUCUUCGCCAUCCUCUUCCUGCCGCUGCUGGUUGCCUCAGUCGCGGGAGUGUUGCUCGGGUGGUGGUGUGCCCGGAGGACGCGUGGCCAGAGAGGAACGAACGACCAGCACACCAGCUCGACCGAGCUGGACGAGAGGCGGCGGCGGCUCGCCGCUGAGCAGGACUUGUAUCACGAGACGCUGAUCACAGGGGUCAGCCCAGAAGAUCCCACUGAGGUCACCCUGUACACCGCCGACCAGGAUCACUAUCAGUUCAAUAUUGCGCCUGGGGAUGACAUCGAAGCGGUGUAUUGGAUCGGGCUGCCCGGAGGCCGCCCCGCCCAUGUGCCAGAGAAUCAGAUCUAUCGUUUCCGACACAACGUGCAGCCCAAUGAGCGCCAGAGGCUCUUCGCAGAGGCGCAGGGCAUGCUGGGGGCAGCACCAGCCCCUCCGCCCGCCCCGCUGGCGGCCCCGAUGCGGAACGUGCAGCGGCAGGGCUUAGGCCGGCCCGCCGGGGCGGCCGCCAGACGCGCCGAGCCAGGCCGCGUGUGGGUCUUCGCCGAGGACCACGGCCGCCACCAGAAGGGCGAUGGCGUGGAGGAGCUCCCCGCGGGAUCGGUGGUCCUGGGCGAGAGGGCGGUCGCCCCCAUGGCGGACGGCAGCACGGCGUUCUUGCAGAUGAUCCCCCAGGACGGCAUCGAUGAGUUCAAGAUGGACGACCUCCGGGUGAUGCCCGUGAAGUUCGAUGGCAUGGGGAGGCGCAGGAGGCUCUUCCAGGAUGGCGUCGCCAGCUUCGUGCCCGACGAGCCCGAGGGAGGCUUAGGGCUGGAGGGCCCCGGCACAGUGUCCUGGAGGUGCCAGACCUAUGUCGAGAGGUCCCAGACGCCCGUGUCUCAGCAUGCGUCGUGGAGGGCGACAUCGGGAGUGUCGAGCGGGGACCGCAGCGUCUUCGAGCAUGAGGUGCUCUCCGAGCAACACGUGGCGACCGCCCUCCGCGAUGAGCACCAGGUGGCCAAGGAGCAGAGGAAGGCUCGAGAGGAGCGCCGCCUGGGCCGCCAGAAUCACAAGAACAACAAGGACAAGACCUCAGAGGGACAGCGGUGA